AUGUCGACCAUCAGCGAGUCUCACCAUGCCACGAAGUUUGAACCUCGUCCCACCGAUAUCAUUGUGGCAGUGAUGGGAAUGACUGGUUCGGGCAAAAGCACAUUCAUCUCCCAUUGCGUAGGAGUGGAUCUUGGCAUUGUCGGCCACGGUCUCCAAGGAUACAGUGAGGUUCUCAAGGCCAUCGGUGUCUGGAUGGGUGAUACCUACUCCAAGAAUAUCAAGCUCAACGGCAUUAUAUACCUGCACCGGAUCACUGAUCCUCGCAUGGUAGGGUCAGCCAAGAAAAAUUUGUUCAUUUUCAAAAAGCUGUGCGGGCAAAAUGCUCUCAAGCACGUCACCCUGGCCACCACUAUGUGGGAGGCUGUCCAGCCAUCAGAUGGUGAGCGCCGAGAGCGCGAACUGCUUGAAACCCAAGAAUUCUGGGGAUACAUGCAGUCAAAGGGUGCCGAUGUGGAAAGACAUUACAAUAACCGAGAGUCUGCCAUGCGAAUCCUCAGCAAGUUCUUCACAGAAGAACAAGUCGUCACAACCCUGCAAAGAGAACUUGUGGAAGGCAAAAAGGAGGUGUUGGACACGGCAGCUGGCAUGGAGUUAAACAGCGAGUAUCGGGUGAUGGAAGAAAAUUUGAAGAGGGAGUUGCAGAGAACGGUAGAGGAUCUGAAGGAGGCUCAAAAGGCAAAGGACGAAGAAAGUGCAAGGGAGUUGGAGAAAUAUCGGAAACAGGUAGACGACAAGAUUGCGCAGGUUUUGCGGGAUCGAGAAGAUCUGAAAGUGACACUGGCCAAGAUGCUCGCCACCAGCACCUUUCCCAUUGUUAGCGCGCCAGGGAGCUUCAAUCAUGGUGCUAGGGGACCCGGCGGCGCUGGUAACGCAGGGCGAGCAGAAGCAGGAAGGCCAGGGAACCCAGACUCGGAAUGGAGUUAUGCCAAGCAACAAGUGACAGGACGGGGAAGCAGUCGUACCUUUUUCUCGGUCCAUGAUCCUUGCCGCUUGUGUCUCAAUGCUCGACAAAUCAGGGACUCCGGAGUGAAAACCAUUGAGCGUAUGUGCAGCGCAGGCAAGCGAGACGAGCCAUCCAUCCAUCCAUCAGCACUAAACGGAAGCGAGGACUGUGACAGCAAUUGA